GGAUGCUUGUUGCGUAGGCGCUGUGUGAGCUGGGCUGGCUGCCUAUUGAUGGCAAAACAAGGGUGUCUGUGAGCAAACGGGUGAGGGAAGGGUGACGGACAGAGCUUAAAGCCACAUCUGAGCUUAAAGCCACAUCUAGAGUCCUCUCACUUUUUACUAUUUAGCCUCUAGUCACUGGAUUGAAUGUAGCAUCCUUUCAUCGGUGAGAUUUGCAAUCCAGUGAGCCUGAGACACCGCCUAUUCCUGCCUGAGAAGGUACUGCCAACAAACAGAAGGAUCACAUCCACUGCAGGGCUCAGAGACUGACCCACUCGGGGAUACCAUGGAAGCCCCUCUUGUGUGUUUGGAUGAGGAAUUUGACGACCUCCGGCCUUGCCGUAUAGAUGAGUUUGACCACCCCGCACUCACCCACUCCUCUUACACCUCCACCACCAUUCCGCUGGUCUCCAUCACCCGAGAGGACUUCUCUGAGUUGGAGAACUUUUCCGAGAUGAUGAGUUUCAAGUCGAUGGAGGACCUGGUCAACGAGUUUGAUGAGAAACUCAACGUGUGCUUCCACAAUUACAAUACUAAGACCGAGGGCCUGGCACCGAUACGCAACCCGUCACAAAACCAGGAGGAUGAGGAGCAGCUGCAAGAUGAAGAUGUGUGGGAUGCCCUAACCGACAACUACAGAGCUUCGUGGGACGGCCUGGACGCUGAAGGAUUCAACGGAAAUCUUUCUGAUAAAGAGAUCCACGAAAAGGAGGAGGAGGAAAUGAAUGAAAAGAAUGAGAAUGCCAACUGUCUUAAUGAAGAGCCUCUCAUCACAGCAGAUCAAGUCAUUGAGGAGAUAGCAGAGAUGAUGGAGAACUCCCCAGACCCCGGUGAAACUGAGGAAGAGGACGAAGAGGAGAGCAGCCAUUGCUCCUCCAGGACUCACCCUUCACUGCUGGAGGAGAUCCGACAAUUGUCCCAGGCCUCCAACAACAACUCUUCUUAUGAAGGCCUGAGUCUGAUGCCCAGUUCCGCACUGGUUGAACUGCUGCACCACGUGGAGGCUGCAAUCCGAGAGUACUCAGAAGAACUGGUCAGUCAGCUGGCACGGCGUGAAGAGCUGGAAUUUGAAAAAGAAGUGAAGAACACGUUCAUCACUGCUCUGAUAGAAGUGCAGAACAGGCAGAAGGAGCAGCGAGACAGUAGUAAACGCCGACGCCGGGAAAAGGCUUUGAGCCUGCAGGGAGGAAUGGGCGUGGUGUCGGUAACCGCAGGAAACACUGGCACCACCGGUCGUGCAGAGAAGACAGGAAGUAUGCCUGUCAAGCGUUUCAGUAUGGAGGGACUUUCCAACAUCCUGCAGACGGGCAUCAGACAGACAUUUGGAAGCACAGGGAAUGAGAAACAGUAUUUGAAUACAGUUAUCCCUUAUGAGAAGAAAGGCAGCCCUCCAUCUGUUGAUGACCUCCAGUUGCUCACAAAAAUUCUUUUUGCCAUGAAAGAGGACAGUGAGAAAGUCCCUGCACUGCUAACUGACUACAUAUUAAAAGUCUUGUGUCCUACCUAAAGUGAUGUACCAGCUUGGGGCCGUGAUCCGUUGGGGGAGGGGAGGAGGUACUUCUCCUUUUCCCGGUGGCCCAAGCAGCAUGAGCCUUCUCCUCGUUCACUAUUCUCAGCCGUGGAUCCAACAAGCAUCAACAUCAUUGUAUUCGCCUCCACGAUGCCGAUUGCCUUUUGCUGAACUUCUCCUGUCCCCCGUUCCACUUUACCACGCUUCAGCCAGCCACUGAAAUAUUCAAAGUGGGACACAGCCAGAGCCAUCUUUGAAAGGACUUCACCACUGGAGCAUGAAACACUACAAAUGACCACACCAUCAAUAACACGGGGUUUCUGCAUUUCAUUCCUCUGUUUUCAUUUAUUCUUUUCAUUGUUCGUACAUUGUCGAAUUAAUUGAUUUGAAUAGAUAAGCCAUGCACUGUUAUUUUUAUUUUUUAUUUUUUUUUUUUUGACAACUGUAGCUGAGUGAAAGAGGAAAAACAAUUCAGGUCCAAUGCAUUUUCUUUGUUUCUUGUUCUUUGUUUCAUCCUCUGAAAACACUAUUUUGUAAUCUCUUUUAAUUUGUAUCAAACAUUUGAGAGGAAGUGUUUUUUUCUACUUUCAUUUAAUGUCACUAGAGUGACAGGCUACCAUGUUCCAUAUUGAUCCGUUAAAACUCGACAUGUUGUGUAGUUAAACUUUGAAUAUCGUCAACUUGCCCACGAAAGGUGCACACAUUUACAUAUGAUCAUUUAUGACUCAUGUUGACAUGUGUAAAUUAAUCUUACAUGACUAAAUUCCAAAUUCUAAUAAACACGC